AUGAGGCUGAUGAACCCCUACCUUGGUAAAGGACAUAAACUAUAUGUAGAUAACUACUAUACCUUGCCAGUCCUUUUUCAUGAUCUUCGGCAGAAACAGACUGGGGCAUGUGGAACUAUGCGUGCAAACCGCAAAGGUGUCCCAGUUGAGGUGAAAGAGGUAAAGCUGAAGAAAGGGGAAAAUGUUGCAGUCAACAAUGGAACUCUGCAAGUCCUAAAAUGGAAGGACAAGAGAAAUGUGCUCAUGUGUUCGCCCAUUCAUGAUGCCAGAUUUGUCAAUAUUCCCGGAAAAGUUGACCGAAACACAGGGGCCCCAAUCAAGAAGCCAAACUGCAUUCUGGAUUAUAACAAGAUGAUGGGAGCAGUGGAUCGAUGCGACCAAAUGAUAAGCUACCCAGCUUUCAAGCACCGUACCCUGAAGUGGUGGAAGAAGGUAUUUUUUCACCUUCUGAUGUUAGCCGUUCUGAACGCAUACCUGCUCUACAAGGAGCACUGCAGGGUAGGAAGGAAAAAGUCUGUCCUGCAUCGGAUAUUCAGGCGAGAGGUAGUGAAACAACUACUGAGGGAGACAAACAUUCAACCACAAGCUGUUCGUGGAGUGGAUCUAUCACAAACCAAGAAUAUAAGCGGACCCAUCAACGAUGGAGUGAACAAAACACUUGUGGACAAUCAGACA